AUGGUGGUGACGGCGGUGGUCGAUAGUAGUGGCAGUAGCGCUGGUGGCACCGGUGACGUUGAUGUUUGGUGGCAGUGGUUGGCAGUGGCGGCGACAGGUGGCAGAGGUGAUGGGUUGUGGUGGCGGUGGUUAGUUGUGUUCGUUGGUGGUGUCAAUGGCGCUGAUGUUCGGUCGCAGCGGGUAGUGGUGGCACCGGUAACGGAUGGCAGUCGCAGCAUGGUCAGUGACGACGUCAGUGAUUCACGACUUAGGGUUGCAGCGGUGGGUGAUUCCAGCAAAGUUCCAGUCUAUCUGGACCUUGACGAACUCGACAGCUAUCCAACUCCAACCUUAGUCAAGAAGGAGGCUCCUACUGCCACCAGCUCCAAGCCACUUCCAGCUCCCAAGGCCAACCCAAGGACUCGUGCUUCCACAGCGAAAAAGAGGAAGGGCCUUGAGGUCAGUGCUCCAAGCUCAGGAGGGUUCUCCUAUGACGAUCUCAGCUUUACCGAUUCCUUAGAGCCGAUGACAUCCUUCCUUAACAAGGGCCUCCAGCAUUUGCUCCACUUGUACAACGAUGCAUGUGGUACUGUCGCCCUCCAUGAAGCCAGGAUUAAGCAGCUCGAAACCACUGUUGCCGACCAAGGUGCCAUUGCCGAGGCAAAGAGCCGGCACUAUGAGGAUAAGCUGAAAAAGGUCACCCAGGAUGCUGAGCUCAAAUUGGCCACCAUGCAAAUGGAUCACGAUCAGGCCAUGAUCAAUUUCCGGGAAGGAAUCAAGACUUCCGCUAUUGUCUCCCUGUUACAAGCACGCAUCAAGAUGGCCUAUGAGGCCAAGGAGACAGGUCUUGUUUGUCCAUCCUGGCCAAUUGAAUCCUGGGUAGCCAAGCUGAAGGAGCUCGGAGGCAAGGCUGUGCCACUCCCAUCUGAAGCCGGCGAAUCUUCCAAGUUUGAUGGUUGA